CACUGUUACAACCAAUUUCUUCACAUUCCACCAGAGUUCGACCGUCAACCAAAACUGAGAACAUUAUGGCUCCGGGUGCCAAGCGCCGUAUGCCAGUACCACCUCUUGAGUCGGACUCAGAAGCUAGUCCACCACAACGUCGCAGGCUGGUACCUCCGCAAAGCUCCCGGCGCAACAAUGGCGAGAGCUCAACGCAGGGCGCUAGAAGAGAUCGCCUGAGAAGUGUCUCUGCAGAACAAGAUGACGUUGAGGAUGAAGUUGCUAGCGGUGCUGAGGGCAUAGAAGCAACUCAAGAUUCAAACAAGGAACGUAUGAUCAAGAAACUCGUUAGAUAUGCCAUCUCUGCAGAAUACACCCGUGUGCCGAUAAAGCGCACUGAGAUAUCGAGCAAGGUCCUCGGUUCACAUGGGCGAAUGUUCAAAGAGGUCUUUGCCGGCGCUCAAUUGGAACUAGAACGUGUAUUUGGGAUGAGAAUGGUAGAGCUUCCCCUUCGUGAGAAGACGAAGCUCAGUCAGAGGAGAGCUGCGCAAACCAGUGACAAAGUUCCUUCAACUUCAAAAUAUUACGUCCUCACCACCAUCCUCCCUGAGAAAUUUCGCGAGCCAGAGAUUGUCCAACCGUUCGGUGUCAAAGAACAAGCCUAUGUUGGUCUCACUACUAUGAUCGUGUCUCUAAUCUACCUCAAUGGUCGUUCUAUUGCAGAAACCAAGCUUGACCGCUACCUCAGACGCAUGAACGCAGACAGAAACACCGCAGCUGGGGAGACCGAGAAGGUCCUUCAGUCAAUGAUCCGUCAUGGCUACAUCUCAAAGCAGAAAGACGACAACGCUAAUGACGGCACAUUUGACUACGUUCUUGGCCCCCGGGGAAAGGUUGAGAUUGGAACGGAUGGUGUUCUAUCUAUGAUCAAAACGGUCUAUGCUACCAACGUCCCCGAGGACGUCGAAAAGCGAAUGAUGAGAAACAUCGGAUUCGAUCCUGAGGCUGGCGCGUCCCAGGUCCAGGGUUCGCACAGACGGAGGGAGAGGAGAAGCAAUGGCACUCAGAGGCAGGCUGGGUCAGAAGAUGAAGUUUAAUAUUACUUGGCUGUACACUUGUGACCCUUAUGUUCAAGCAAAGGCGUUAGGGAGAGGCUUGCUGUUGUUCUGUUUUCCAAUAAUUAACCCAUAGCUGUAUCAUUACCCACAAUCACUUUUCAUUGG